CUAUAGCCACAUCGUGCACACAACAGAUGCUGAACUCCAAAGUGCCACCUUCAUCUCUCGGACACCUGCCUAUUGAUUUAUUCUGACCUGGAAAAAUGUGGUGCAGUCGUGUGGUACCGCGCCAGCUCCGGUGGAUUAAACAACUGAAUCUCACUGGCGCUCUAACAAGCAACAUGCAGAGAGAGAUGUCAACCCUGCCACGAGUGUACAUCACCAGACAGAUCCCACCUGAGGGUCUUAAGAUUCUCCGUGAAUCUGGACAGGUGCAGUUUGAGCUGUGGGACUCCGAUGACGUUCCUGUGCCAAGAAAGGAGCUGCUUCAGAAGGUCAAAGGGGUCGAUGGUCUAGUGUGUGUGCUGACAGAGAAGAUUGAUGCGGAAUUAUUAGAUGCCGCAGGUCCAAACCUGAAGGUCCUUAGUACUAUGUCAGUUGGUUUUGACCAUCUUUCUCUGGAAGAGCUGAAGAAAAGAGGAAUUCGUGUAGGCUAUACUCCUGAUGUUCUGACAGAUUCUGUCGCUGAACUGACUGUAGCUCUGCUGCUCACAACCUCCAGGAGGCUAAUAGAGGCCACACAUGAAGCCAAAACUGGUGGCUGGGGCACAUGGAGAACCCUGUGGCUGUGUGGAUAUGAGUUGGCCAACAGCACUGUGGGCAUUUUUGGCCUGGGGAGGAUCGGCAUUGCUAUUGCUGAGCGCCUGGCACCUUUUAAAGUAAAGAAAUUCAUUUACACAGACGUGGCCCCCAGGCCUGAGCUGGCCAGUAUCAUCAAUGCAGAGUAUGUGUCUAUGGAUGAGCUCGCAAAGCAGUCAGACUUCCUGGCUAUGUGCUGUGCUCUAACACCAGAAACUAAAGAGAUCUGCAACAAGGACAUGUUCUCCAAGAUGAAAAACACAUCCAUCUUCAUCAACACAAGCAGAGGUGGGGUCGUCAACCAGGAAGACCUGUAUGAGGCUCUCUCUACUGGGCAGAUAGCAGCAGCUGGGUUAGAUGUCACUGUCCCUGAGCCUCUACCCACCAGCCAUCCACUUUUUACUUUGAAAAACUGCGUCAUUCUACCACACAUUGCUAGUGCCUCCUACACCACCCGUAAUGCCAUGUCUGCACUGGCAGCCAACAACCUCCUCCUUGGUCUGCGGGGUGAAUCGAUGAUCAAAGAACUCAAGCUGUGACAAGACAGUGGUUCCACUCAGAGGAUUGGCUGAUUAAAGGACCAUUGUUUCACCUGCCUAAUUAUAUUGAGAGUAAAGUAAAACCACUACCGUUUAGAAGUAAAUAAUACUUUCCUUUAUGUUAUGUCUUUCACUCAUUGUGUACAGUGACAAUAAAUUCUGGGUUGUUGGUAUUUGCCAUUUCCUGAGAAAAGUGUUACUACCAAUAAAACGAAUUUCAUAUUUUGUUUUAA